AUGGCGUCGCUACGUCCCUCGAUUCUCUUGGCCCGUCUCCGAACUCCCCGCGCAUGCUCUGCUUCGUUGCGACGCUUUGCGACUGCCUCGGAUGUACGAGGCCAGCCCCAGCAACAACCUGACAAUCAUGUGCGAGUAGUCGAGGUUGGACCCAGGGAUGGUCUGCAAAACGAGAAGAAGGCCAUAUCUGUAGCAACUAAAAUCGAAUUGAUCGAGAGGCUGGCGAAGACCGGUGUCUCUGUCAUUGAAGCAGGAUCGUUUGUCUCCCCAAAAUGGGUACCACAGAUGGAUAAUUCUAGCCAGAUCAUGGAGCAUAUUCUAACGAAGAACAUACCCUCACCCUCACCAAUUACCUAUUCCUUCCUUGCUCCGAAUGCGAGGGGCGUCGCCGACGCAACGGCUAUUCUACAGAAACACCAAGGCGCAUACCUCAACGAAAACGACGCAUCAAAGGGUGGGGAUGGUAAGCCCAUGAUGGAGCUUGCCGUAUUCGCCGCUGCCACCGAGAGCUUUUCACAGAAGAACCUCAACUGCGAUAUUGCAACAUCCCUGGAAAGGUUCAAGGACGUCAUCCAAGGCGCUAAGCAAGCCGGGAUUCGGGCUCGAGCAUAUAUUUCAGUAGUACUAGGAUGCCCUUUUGAAGGAUACGAUGUCGACCCGCACAAGGUGGCUGAGAUUGCCGCCUCGCUUCUCGAGAUGGGAGCCGAUGAGAUCUCCCUUGGCGAUACCACCGGCAUGGGAACUGUGGUGCGCACUCAAGCGUUGUUGCGGUGCAUAACCGCUGCGGGUAUUCGAACCGAGGAUAUUGCAAUGCACUUUCACGAUACAUAUGGGCAAGCCCUAGUCAACACUGCCGUUUCGUUGGAACAUGGAAUCAGAACCUUUGACAGUUCAGUGGGUGGCCUGGGCGGCUGCCCUUACAGCCCAGGGGCCACCGGAAAUGUGUCGACAGAAAAUAUGGUAUACUUCUUAGAGACCCUAGGAAUGAACACAGGUAUUGACCUUGAUGCUAUGGCGGAUAUUGGACAGUGGAUUACUGGAGAGCUCGAGAAACCGAACGACUCCGUUGUCGGAAAAGCAGUGCUUGGAGCCCGCAAAGCCGCGGCAAAUACGUCUACAUAA